GGAGCCGAUCGGUAAACUGCCAUUUUGAAAGUCACCGGCAUUUGAAUUUUCCGAUCGCUUCGUUUGUGAAAAACAGUUUUGCACUGUCUUUUCUCUCCGAAUUGUUAUUGAAUAGUGUUAAUUGAUGAAUUAAAUAUUUUGUUGCCGUUGAUUCUCGUUGUGUUGUGUUUCGUUUUUAUGUGCGAGAGUUAGCUGUUGAAACUUGUUUUCACCGGACAAUGUCUAAUCCCGCGGCCGAUUCGGUGCGGGUAGCGGUUCGCAUUCGACCGUUGAACAAACGCGAGCUGGAGCGAGGGUGCCGUAUCGUGGUGGAACAGCCAAGUGCCAACGAGCCACAGGUGGUGAUUGGAAAUGGCAUCAGCGGCAAGCCGGAAGCGUUCACAUUCAACUAUGUUUUCCCGCCAGAGGAGAGCCAGGAGCGGCUGUAUGAGAGUGCGGUGCGGCCUCUUUUGAAGAAGUUGUACUCCGGCUACAAUGUGACUAUUCUGGCCUACGGUCAGACCGGUUCUGGCAAGACAUUCACGAUGGGAACCAAUUAUGACGGACAGGAAGACGAAACGGUGGGAGUUAUUCCGAGGGCGAUAAACGAUAUUUUCGAGCAGAUUGAAUCGUUGACCGACGCAGAUACCACCGUUAGCUGCUCGUUUAUGGAGCUGUACCAGGAGAAUUUGUACGAUUUGCUUUCGACGAAAGCAAACAAAGAGGACCGGGUGGUUGACAUUCGCGAGUCGAACAAUCAGAUUGUGAUUCCGGGUCUGACGGAAAUUCCGAUCGGUUCAGCUGACGAGACGUUCGAAGCGUUGAUGCGGGGCUCGCAGGAACGAGCCGUCGCCUCGACCGCGAUGAAUGCCGUUUCGAGUCGUAGCCAUGCGAUCUUCACGCUCAACUUGACGAACCGUUCGCGGGGCGCGAAGCCAACGGUAACGAACAGCAAGUUUCAUCUGGUUGAUUUGGCCGGAUCGGAACGGCCCAAGAAGACGCAAGCCACCGGGGAGAGGUUUAAGGAGGGCGUUAAAAUUAAUCAAGGUUUGUUGGUGCUUGGGAAUGUAAUUUCGGCCCUUGGAUCGGCCGGUGGUCCUCUGGGGCACGUGCCGUAUCGGGAAUCGAAGCUAACGCGUUUGCUGCAGGAUUCGCUGGGUGGAAACUCGCUGACGCUUAUGGUGGCUUGUGUUUCCCCCGCGGAUUACAACUGCGAGGAGACGAUUAAUACGUUAAGGUACGCGAACAGAGCGAAGAAUAUAAGAAACAAAGCCGUGGUCAAUCAGGACCCGAAUCAGGCGGAAAUUCGGCGCCUGAAUGCAAUCAUCCAGGAGUUGCGGGUGGAACUGGUGGCCUAUAGUGCCGGGAGAAAGGACGGCAGUCCGGAUGGAGCCAAUCGCAACUCCCUGGCACAGGGCAAAUCCGGAAUCGCCCGCUCGAACAGCGAACACCAGCUAGCGAAUGGUACUUUCCAGACGGCGGAAGCAGCGCGUCGGGAGAAGGAGAUGAUGCAGAAAAUUCAGACGCUGCAACAACAGCUGCAAUCGGCUCUGCAGGAUUUGGCCACCGAUCAGUUCCGGGCGCUAACGAUGGAGAAGAUCGUGGACGAAAUCGAAGCGCUGCUGGCGGAAAGUGAGGACUCGGAAUUGAAGCGGCUCAUCAGGGAGAUUCUCGACGGGUACAAGCAGGAAGCGGCUUCGAUUCGGGCCGAAUCGCAGGUUUCGGAUUCGCUGAUGCAAUCGUCGGCCGAGGAGUUCCAGAAUCGUUCCGACAAGCACACCCAGAAGCAGAUGAAGUUCCGCGACGAGCUGCGGCAGCUGACGAAGGAGCUGGAGCUGAAGGAGGAACUGCACCGGAAGUGUUUGGGUAACAUUUCGAACAUGACGUUUACCGUUGAUGAUCAGAGCAGCGUUGGGGACAACGAACGGUCCGAGGAGUACGAGACGAAAAUUAAGGAGCUGGAGAAACAGAUUGAGGAUUUGAAUGGGCAGCUGAACACUACAAAGAUAGUGGACAAGAAAAGCAAGCUGGCGGAGGAGCGCCGGAAGAAGGUUCAACAGUUGGAAAGCGAGUUGGCAGAUCUCCGUAAGAAGAGCAUUCAGCAGGCGAAGCUUCUUCAAUUGAAAGAGAAGGAUACACAGAGAAUUAGUAACUUAAGCAAAGAAAUCCAGGCCAUGAAGGCUACCCGCGUUAAGCUGGUGAAAGCUAUGCGUUCCGAAAGUGAAAACUUUCGCCAGUGGAAGAUCAAUCGAGAGAAAGAAAUCUGUCAGCUGCGUGAGAAGGAUCGGAAGAUGAAGAAUGAGAUGGUUCGGAUGCGCUCCGUUCACGAUAAACAGCAGAACGUUCUGAAGCGAAAGGUAGAGGAAGCUGUGGCCGUUAACAAGCGAUUAAAAGAUGCAUUGGAGCGCCAGAAACAUGUCCAGGCGCAGCGUGCUGCCAAAGCCAUCGGGAAACCAGUAAGGGGAGCUGACGUUACCUCCUGGGUAGAUCACGAGCUGGAACUCAUUCGUUCGGUGAAGGAUGCAUCGGUUACCUUGAAGUUGUUGAUGGACGAUCGUGCGCUGUUAAAUGCCAAGCUCAUCGACAUGAAGAACCAACCGGAUGAGCAUAAUGAGGAGGAAAUCAAACGACAGGAGCACGAUCUUGAGCUCAGAAACGCCCAAAUCGCCGAUUUGCAACAGAAAAUCCUUUCCACCGAUGUCGAUUCGAAGCAGAAGUCCAUUCUCGAGGGGAUUCCAACCCUUCCCGAAGCCAAACAGGUGCUCAAAAAAAUCCUUACAGUAUUUUCCGAGACGCAAGAGGAAAGUGCCAAAACACGACACCAGUUGGUUGACACUCGGCUGACCGUUGAGUGUCUCGAGGAAUCCGUUCGCCAACUGACGUCAGAGCUGACGGAGGCCAAGCAACAGUUCACCGAUGAAACGAAUGAGAUCGCAAAAAUGUACGAAGAGAAAUUAUCGAUGCUUCUGAUCUCGAAGCAGAAAUUCGCCCGACAGUCCCACGAGACGGCCAGCACGUGCGAUAAUAUUCUGCAGGAAGCAAGCGACCGGAUGGAGAAGCUGCGCCAGGAGUUGGACUCGGUAAAAGAGAUCAAUCGGGUGCUCGCCACACAGCUCGAGGAAGCGAAGAACAAUCGAGGCGGGAAACGAACGCGAAAUAACCCUAAAUCAACACCGAUCGAGUAUGAGAGUGAAGUGGAGGAUGAACCGGAGGAUGACGGUGACAACGAAGGAAUGGGCGAAUCGGAUCGUGAGCGAGAUCCGGACUUCCGAGCGACUCCUAUGCGAAAGCGAAAGAAGUCCACCAGUGUUCGCGAAUCGGUCCUAAAGAAGGUAACCACAAACAAAAAGCGCACGACAACGGAUGAUGGGUCGGAUGCAACGGACCGCUCUUCGGGCGCAGCCAAAUCUUCCGACACGAGUGCGCACUCGCACUGCAGCUGCACAACGACCUGUUCCACCAAACGGUGCGGCUGCAAGCGGUUGGGGGAAUUCUGCAGCGACGACUGCCGUUGCUCGAAGAGUUGCGUCAACAAAAAAAUCGACGAGGAACAGUCGGCCGAUGAGAGUAGCGAUGGUGGUGAUAAGAAGGUGAAAACUGAGAGUGUGGAUCAAAACGAUAAGGAAAAUCAAUCCGUCAAUCGCGACAGCAGCAAGGUCGUGAAUGGGAUAUCGCUGGAGAAGCGCAAAUCGCAGGACGAUAGUGACACCAGCCCGGAUGACAACACUCCGAAAAAAAUCAAACACGAUAUCCUGACGCCCACCUACGUGUACUCGGUGAAAAAACGGAAGCCUUUGCUGGACGAUAUUUAAUCUAGGGAAGAUUUCAGUAAGAUUACCGCUCGCGUUUCUCAUCAUCAUACAUUGCUCGAUUUGUUUGAACAGAGGAUGACAUUUUCAUUUUAUUCUUAAUACGACAAAUUUUUUAUACACCGGAAUUGUUAAUAACAUCGAAAAUGAGUA